GAUUCAAUAUGGAGUUAGGUUGUCGUCAUAAUAGAGAGGAUGAAGGAUGCUGGAUUGAAUUAAUGAGGUACUACUCAUCCAGGGAAGAUUUUGUAACAAAGCUCUACUCUGUCUAUCUUAAAAGCAGACAGAGGAUUUCAUACAAACUUCAGACUUAUUUUUCAAGAUGCAUUGAUAUCGCUAAUUAGUGAUAAGCUGUGGCUGCUAAAUCUAAGGGGCACAGGAGAUACAAAAGAAUUCCUAUUUCAAAAUAGACUAUUUUCAUCUUGAUCUCAUGCAGCUUAAACUAUUUUUACUAAGCCGUACUUUUAAGCCUCUUUCAGAUUUAUGUAAACCUGAAAUUUCUUUUAAAAAUAUCACUUUUUGGUCAAGUUAUUGUGAAAUGGAUUAUACAAAGAAUGAUGUGCUCAUGUCACUUAAUGAGAGUCUUAAUGAGCCGUAAUCUGUUAAUAGCACAUCUCCUUAAAAGUAUAACAGCUUCAUUAUAUCUGUUUGAUGCUAAGGUGUCAAAGUUUUAACAAUAUUGAAUAAAAAGUGUCGACAGUAUAACUUUGAGUAACCAGAGUCACUUCAGAAGGAAGCGAUUUCCAAAUAAUUAUUCUUCCCAGUGGAAGUCUUUUAUGCUCAGAGAUAGGAGCUCUGAUGUUAAAGAGUCUUAAUAAACUUCUUUCUUUACUCCUAGUACAUCAUGAGAGACUCUCAAAAUCCCAACAUUGCUAAAACCUUUGUCAGGAACAGCUUUUAUGAGUUUAGAACAAUGAGUUGACCAAAUUUUUGCAAGCGCUAGAGCAUCUUGGCUGAAUAUUUCUGGUUAAUUAUUACUUAAC